GUUUCUUCGCUCAAGUUAUCUAGUACAAGUGUUUUAAUUGGUUCUGAUAUUACAAUUAAGUGGGUAUAUAACGCAGGAAAUGUGACCGUAGGAAACUUAAGCGUUGUUGACAACUCAACUAAAGCCUCAACACUAAUUACCGGACAAUUACAACUCACUGCUCUAAAUUACACGUGGAAGACUACUAAUUUGGGCACGUUUUGGUUUGCACUUAAUGAUGGAGUUAGUAAUAAACUCUCACCACAAUUCGAUGUCUUGAGCCCUCAACAAGUUCAAGCUAGUGCGUCUGCUGCAUCAAGUAAGCCAACUGGCUCUCCUGGCCCUUCAACUAAUACCAAAAAUGCUGCUUCAGCUAAAACGAGCUUCACUAGCUUCAACCUUCUGGUUAGCCUUGUUUUGGUUGCAGCG